AAUACCGUUUUAAUGUAGUGGUAUUAAUGCAAUAUACAUUUGGACAACUUGGGAUAAGUAAUAUUACAAUAAAUUGAAAUUUGAUAAAAUUCAUUUUGAAAACAUAUACUUUUUAAUGGUAUUGUUAAAGAAUGAUAUUAGAAAUGAUAAAAAUAAUGAGGUGACCAACCUACUUUGAUUACAAACACGACCACCUAGCAUAAAUACGAAUAACAGGCAGAAUUAAAAACAGCGGUAGAAGUAACAACAUCGCAUGCCACAUUUUGGAAAUGGAAUACAAGGAAAUUACUAUUAUAUCAAGAGGGAUUCGAUUAGAUAAAGAAAAAAAUUAUUACUAUUUUGGAUAUCAUUUUCCUAGCAAGAAUAAAUGGCCAUGGCUGAGAACUCGGAAAGUGAAAAAUAUCCUUUACAUAAAUGCAUAUUUCAAGGAGAUGUUAAAACCUUAAGUUCUUUAAUUAGAACUUACAACAUCGCAGAAAAAGAUAGACAAGGAAAUACUCCUUUACAUUUAGCUGUCAUGUUAGGAAGAAAAGAAUCAGUCCAACUAUUACUUGCACAUGAUGCCCCAGUACAAGUAAAAAACUUAGCUGGAUGGAGUCCACUUGCAGAAGCAAUCAGUUAUGGAGAUAGACAAACCAUAUCAUUAUUGGUGAGAAAAUUUAAACAACAAGCUAGAGAGCAAAUGGAGGAAAGCAGACCAAAUUUAGUAGCAACAUUACGUCAAAUGGGAGAUUUCUAUAUGGAAUUAAAAUGGGAUUUUCAAAGUUGGGUGCCACUUGUGUCUCGUGUACUUCCUUCUGAUGUUUGUAAAAUACAUAAAAGUGGAGCAUCCAUAAGGACGGAUACUACUUUAGUAGAUUUUAAUGACAUGAGAUGGGAAAGAGGUGACAUAUCGUUUAUUUUUAAUGGUGACCAAAAACCAAGCAAAUCAUUGGCAGUACUUGAUAAUAAGGCUAAACGUUAUAAGAGAGUAGGAUAUGAGGAAACUGAACUGGAAAUACAAGAUGAAGUUGAUAUUCUUAUGUCAAGUGAUAUAAUGGUAGCACAAAUGUCAACAAAAGGUAUUACACUUUCAAAAACUCAAACAGGCUGGAUAUUUCGUGAAGAUAAAAGGGAGAUGGUAGGACCUUUCCAUGCGGACUUUUACCAAAUUAAUGGAAUGGUUUUGGAAAGUAAGAUACGACGAGAACAUUUAAGCGAGGAAGAUCUACAAAAGAAUAAGGCUAUUAUGGAAUCAUUAACAAAAGGAAGCUCACAAGGAUUUACUAAUAGAAAGUCUCAAGCUAGAAGAGCUUCUUUAAAUCCACCACCAGAGUCAAAUAUUACUUGGGAAGAAUAUAUUAUGGCUCCACCUGGUCACUGUCCACUUCUUGGAAGAAAUCUUGUUUAUAAGGAAAGCAGUAAAUCAUUUAAAGCAACAGUUGCCAUGAGUCCAGAUUUUCCACUCACUGUUGAUAUGUUACUCAAUGUUUUGGAAGUAAUAACUCCAUUCAAACAUUUUAGAAAAUUACGAGAAUUUGUUUUGAUGAAAUUACCACCUGGGUUUCCUGUAAAAAUUGAUAUACCUAUUUUGCCUACGGUGACAGCAAAGAUUACUUUCCAAGAAUUCGCUUUUCGAAAUGAUAUAGAUCCUAAGCUGUUUCAAAUACCACCGGAUUACCUUGAAGAUCCUAUGAGAUUUCCAGAUUUAUGACAGCUCUGUGCACUGAAGAUAACUCAAGUCAAUUAUCAUAUUAAAAAAAAGCCACUUUUUCUUCAAAAUACUAUUUGGAGAAAAUUAUUUGGCUUUUAAAUUUUUUCAAAUUGCUGCCAAGAAGGCCUCCCAAUAAAUUACAAAGUACACUUUUAAAAAAGAUGAUUCUGAUUUUGAAUAUGAAAUAUAGCAAGUAUUCUUGUUGAUAAAAUUACACAAAUAAGUUUGAGGAGCGGCAUACUCUAUUUACAAGGUUGUACGCUAAAUCAUAAAAAAAAAGCAACUUAAUAAACUUAUGCACAUUAAGGCAUACAUUCUACACCAUAAAGUGCAUAAAAAAUGAUUAUGUUAUAUAUCUUAUUUUCUCUCAGUUUAA